UGCAGGCUGUGCUGCUUUAUAUUCAGUCCUGUUCCCUCAGUUUGAAUCUAAGUCACAUUUUUGAGCCAUAAAACAGAAAAUCUGCUGGAAAAAGAUCCGAGUGGAACAUCGUUGAGGUGAAGUAGAACCAAACAGUUGGUGAAGUGAUUUUUAUGAUGGUGAUUCUAAAUAUUAGCUACUGAUCAGUUAACAGACAGAAACUCUCACUGUUUCCUGUCAGGCUUUAAUCUGAGCAGCAUUAGGACCCUGCAGCUGUCAGCAGCAUAAAUAUAGCAGCAGGAGCAGUGUGUGUGUGUGUGUGUGAGGGUGAGUGUGUUGUUGAUCAGAACAGUUGGGGGUCAUGAGGAGGCCUGGACACAGCGGAUCGGUCGGUCUGCAGGAACGGACGGAGAACGGGUUCCUCUGAGGAAAAGCAGAUUCAUUCAGGAAGGUGCAGCUGCAGGAAGCUGUUGGCUUUGGUUAAGUACGGAGGCCCAGGAGGGUCAGACAGGAUGCUGCAGCUGUGUAAAGUCACCAAGGCUCUGUUCAUCAGCAACGCCCGCUCCGCCUGCAGCGACGACCUCAUCCAGCAGGAGGCGGUGACGCUCUGCAUCAACGUGUCCAAGCAGCAGCCGUUCCCGACCAGCAGCGGCGUCACCAGGAUGCAGAUCCCCGUCUACGACGACCCCAACGAGGAUCUGUACCGCCACUUUGACCGCUGCGCCGACGCCAUCCAGAAGGAGGCCAACCGCGGCGGACGCAGCCUGGUCUACUGCAAGAACGGACGCAGCCGCUCGGCCACCAUCUGCAUCGCCUACCUGAUGAAGCACCGCGGCCUGACGCUGACGGAGGCCUCCCAGAGGGUGAAGACGGCUCGGCACGUCGUGGAUCCGAACCCCGGCUUCAUGUCUCAGCUGCAGCGAUACGAGGAGGAGCUGAGGAAGAGGAGAGGAGCGUCCUGAUGAAGCUGUGGACGGUUUCCUCUCUGCUCAGAGUCACAGUUUGAAUUUUAAUCUGAAAACUGAAACUUCAGGUCAGUUUGAGGAGAUCAAACUGAUACAAACAGGAGAGAAACACUGAAAUGAAAUCAGCCACAAAACUAAGAGAUUAGAUUUGAGAAGUAAAAUCAUAAUGACUCAGAAAUACAUAAAUAGUGUUUAUAUUGUAUAAAGUGAUACGCUGACAUGCAGUGUUUCAACUUUAGAGUUUCGUUUGUAGCAAAUCUUAAAACUAAAAAAUAAACCCAUAAAAACCAAGUAAAACAGUGCAGAAAACAUCAGAUCUAUUAAGUAUUUUAUUUAUUUAUCUUAUAAAAAAAAAGCAUAAUUAUUGCUGUGAAAAGUGACUGAAUGUGGAAGUGAAUUUUUGGCGAACGAAUCAGGCAGAUUGGCUUGCAGAAAGUUAAUGAUUUAUUAUUUUAAUUAUGAGAUUUAAAUGACAAACUUCAUUUAUUUCUCCUCUUAAACAAGAACCAGGUUCCUCAAAUAUAUUAGUUUUUUUUUUUUUUUGGUGUUUAAAUUUAUUAGAGCAUUUUUAGAGCAAACAUGUUUUUCAAAUCUGUGUUCUGUUAAGUUUUCUGGCUCCAUAUUUUUAUGUUUUCCUCAAAUUUUAUCUCUAGUUUUUUCUGACCACAGGAAGGAAAGAAACUCACAGAAAUACAAAAAGAAAAGGAACGAAAAGGAGCUCAAACUGAUGAAAACAUUUUGUUAAUGAUCAUUUAGAAAAGGACAUAAAAAGACGGAUAUUAGUCCCACAACAUUAGAGAUAAACAAAUAUAACUUUAUUUUUAUUAUUAUUAUUAUAUUUGGACUCUGCAGGACAGGGAAACGCUCCACCUCUCCUCGUUGGCCUGAUAGAUCUGUGAUGAUCAGAUAAAUAUCUCAGCUCUGAUCAGAACCUUUCGAUCUGAAUCACUUUGUGUGAAAAGCAGGUUUGGUUUUGGACAGAAGGUGAGUUAAAGCACAUUCAUCAUUUCAUCAUUUAUGGAAAACAACAGAUUUUGUUUUUGUUUUAUCAGACAAAGGGAAAUGCAAUAAUAAAUCCAAUUUCUCAAGUCUAAAUAAAAAAAAGCAUCUUUGUGGAAACUGACAUCAUGAACUGGUUCAAAUAUUUUACCUUAAACUUGUUUUUGUUUUUCAAACAUUUAAUCAAAAGCACAAAUUUAAAACCAGGCAACUAGGGGGAAGUUUUAGGGAUAAACGUUUUCCUGUUCAGUGUUGUAAUAAAACGAAUAAAAACUCAGGUCAGAACUCCAUGUUUGUAAAAUAUUAAGGUUUUACUGGCUUCUCUAGAUGAAACCAUGAAGAUGUUCACUGUUGAAACUUGUCAGAAGUUGUUUAAAUGUGGAUGUAGUUUAAUAAACUUAGUGGGUUUAUUAAAUUUGUGAUAUUUGGUGAAGCUGAAGCUGUAGAUGUUCGUGUCUCAGGUGAAUCUUUACUCAGCUUGAAUCUAAUAAGUUUAUCAUCAUAUCUACUUCAAACUGUGUUCAGUUCUUGGAACAUUUUAGCGUACAGUAAAUGCCUUAAGUGAAUUUAUCACCUGAAUGUGUCACUGUCCCUUUAAGAAACUGUGCACUCAGUUUUAACUGGAGGAAAAUGACAGUAAAUAUAAUAAACAGUUCUGCUUUCUGA